AUGCUUGACAACUUCUCUUACUCUGAACUCGUGAUUGAAAAGUGUGACAGCCUACGGUCUGUCCCCAGAAUGAUACUUAGUGCAAAUUGUCUUCAAAAGUUUACUCUUACAAAUAUCCCAUCUUUGAUUUCCUUCUUAGCUGAUUGUUUUCCCAUAUCACUGCGAUCUCUUGACAUUUGGAAUUGUAGAAAAUUAGAGUUCUUAUCUCACAAUACAUGGCACAAAUUCACAUCACUUGAAAUACUAAGAAUAUGGAAUAGUUGUUGUUCCCUGACAUCUAUUUCAUUAGGCAUUUUCCCUGCCCUUCAAGAGCUUUAUAUCCGUUUUAUUCCCAACUUGGAAGCAAUUACUACUCAAGGUGGAGAAUCAUCUCCCAAAUUAGUUGAUUUUAUUGUCACUGAUUUCAAGGGUCUUCGUGAUGAAGAUCUUGUUAACACUCUUUUGAAGGAGCAGUCCCUGCCUACUUCUCUAGAAUAUCUUUUCUUACAUAAUUUCAGUGGUUUAAAGUUGUUGGAAGGAAAAGGGCUUCAAAAUCUCACUUCUCUCCAAAUGCUUCACAUGUACAAUUGGCCAAGUUUUGAGUCCUUACCUGAGGAUCAACUUCCAUCCUCUCUUGUAGUACUCAGUCUGAGGGAGUGUCCUUUACUGGAAGCAAGGUAUCAAAGUCAGAAUGGAAAAUACUGGUCUAAAAUUGCUCACAUUCCUGCAAUCAAGAUAAAUGAAAAAGUCAUAAUAUAA